AUGGCGGAGCCUCCAAUCGUCCUCGAUGGCGGAACGGGUUUCCUGAAAGUCGGAUAUGCCGCGCAGAACUUCCCAGAGCACCAGUUCCCAUCGAUAGUCGGACGUCCAAUCUUGCGAACGGAAGAACAGGCCGGUGACAUAGUAGUCAAGGAUAUUAUGUGCGGAGAUGAGGCUGCCGCCGCCAGGUCUAUGCUUCAGAUCUCCUAUCCUAUGGAAAACGGAAUUGUGAAGAACUGGGAAGAUAUGCAACAUCUAUGGAACUACACUUUUUAUGACAAGAUGAAGGUUGAUCCCACUGGCCGAAAGAUCCUCCUGACUGAACCCCCAAUGAACCCUCUUCGAAACCGAGAGAAGAUGUGUGAGACCAUGUUUGAAGGAUAUAACUUUGGUGGUGUAUACGUUGCCAUCCAGGCUGUGCUGGCACUCUAUGCUCAAGGGCUGAGCAGUGGUGUUGUGGUGGACUCUGGUGAUGGCGUUACUCACGUUAUUCCAGUUUACGAAUCGACGGUUCUAAACCACCUAACCCGCCGCCUUGACGUUGCCGGUCGAGAUGUCACCCGUAACCUUAUUGCGCUUCUCCUCCGUCGAGGCUAUGCCCUCAACCGUACAGCAGACUUUGAAACCGUGCGCCAAAUCAAAGAAAAACUUUGCUAUGUCUCUUAUGACUUGGAACUUGACAAGCGCCUUUCUGAAGAUACGACUGUGCUUGUAGAAUCAUACACACUUCCGGAUGGCCGAGUGAUAAGGGUUGGAAGUGAGCGUUUUGAAGCUCCUGAGUGUCUUUUCCAGCCACACCUUGUCGAUGUUGACCAGCCUGGUAUUGCCGAGCUAUUAUUUAACACCAUACAGGCCGCCGAUGUGGACGUCAGAAGCAGCUUAUACAAAGCUAUUGUUCUCAGUGGUGGCAGCAGCAUGUACCCUGGUCUACCGUCCCGAUUAGAAAAGGAGUUGAAGCAGCUAUGGUUGACUAGAAAUCUACACGGCGACCCUGAGCGGCUAGACAAAUUCAAACCGCGAAUUGAAGAUCCCCCACGAAGAAGACACAUGGUCUUCCUUGGAGGUGCUGUCCUUGCAAAUCUGCUCGCUGACAAGGACAACAUGUGGAUUUCAAAACAAGAAUGGGAGGAACAGGGCACCCAUGCUCUGGAGAAGUUGGGCCCUAGAUAA